AUGCCGGAUGGCUUCGAACUUCUUGUUGCUGCUGAUACCAAAAUUUUAGUAUACGAUUCUACCGAUGGCACGUUAAUGCAAUGUCUCAAAGGACAUAAGGAAGCUGUGUAUUCUGUUGCUUGGUCUGCGGACGGAGAAGCGUUUGCAUCAGGAAGUGCAGAUAGAACAGUCAUCAUAUGGACGAACAAGCAUGAAGGAACAUUGAAAUACAACCAUGCAGAAGCAGUUCAGUGCUUGGCGUUCUCUCCAGUUUCACAGAUUUUACUAAGCUGCGGAAUGUACGAUUUCGCCUUAUGGUCAUCAACUGAGAAAAAUGUGCAGAAGCAAAGAUUGAAUGCUAGAUGCUGUAGUUGCGCUUGGAACAAAGAUGGAACUGUGUUCGCACUCGGCUUGUUUGAUGGUACAGUUCAACUUAGGAAAAUGGCUUCGUUUAAUGAUGAUCCUGUAGCUGUUAUCGAGAGACCUGGGGGUGAUCCAGUAUGGGCUUUACGAUUUUCAUUACCAGUAACGGUAGAUGAAAGUGGGCGCAAAGUGGAAGAGAAGCUAACUGAAAUUCUGGCAGUAUCGGAUUGGUCAAAAACUCUUUCGUUUUAUGAUUUGAAUGGAAACAAGUUUAUACCAAAUGAUAAGAAUCUCAAUUACGAACCCUCAUGUAUGGAGUAUCUGAAUAACGAUAGCUUUCUCAUCAUGGCAGGAUCUGGUAAGGAGGCUCAUCUGUAUACAAGAUAUGGCUUAAACCUUGGGAAAAUUUGCUUAAUGGAUACGAUGAUCUGGACAAUCGUAACAAAGCCAGAAUCCAAUUACGUUGUUGUUGGAUGUGUUGAUGGUACGCUGGCAUGCUAUCAUUUGUAUUUCAGUGCUGUUCAUGGGUUAUACAAAGAUCGUUAUGUCUUCCGAGAUAACAUGACCGAGGUGAUUGUCCAACACUUGACUUAUCAGAGCGUCGCACGUAUCAAAUGCAAUGAUGGCGUUCGGAAGGUUGCUAUUUAUGGAGAUAAACUAGCUGUUCAACUCUCUGAUCAUUUGAACAUAUAUACUCAAGUUUCGGGAAUGACUGAAGAUGAACCGUUGGAAUUCAAACUCACAGAUAGAAUAACUAAACGACUAGAGUGUUCCCUUCUAGUCUGCAGUAGCAAACAUAUCAUACUCUGUUCGGAACAAAGACUUCAAUGUUACGAUCACAGGGGAUUAAAACAAAGAGAAUGGAUUAUGGAAUCUUUAAUUAAAUAUAUACGUGUAAUUGGUGGUCCUCCUGGCAGAGAAACGCUUCUAGUUGGAUUGAGAGAAGGGCAAGUAUGCAAAAUUUUUGUGGAUAACCCUUUCCCCGUUACGUUGCUGAGACUUCAACACGCUAUCAAGUGUUUAGAUACCAGCUUAAGCAGGCAUCUUCUUGCUGUAGUGGAUGAAACAGGCGUCUGCACAGUUUAUAACACCUCCACGUGGGAGAGCAUAUUACAAGAAACGAAUUGUACUAGUGUCGCAUUCAAUACUGAUAAUGAGGAUAUAAUAUGCUUCUCGUCGGAUACGAGCUUAAUUGUUAGAGCAAGCCGCUACCCUGGAUUUCAGCAACGAAUGCUGGGUAUAGUAGUUGGAUUUUCUGGUAACAAAGUGUUCUGUCUUCAGAACUACACUAUGACAGCGUUCGAAGUUCCUUUUUCCAAUCAGUUGUAUCAAUAUAUUGAAAACAAACAAUACGACUUUGCUUAUAAACUUGCGAACUUAGGUGUCACUGAAGAAGAUUGGAAAAUCUUAGCUAACGAUGCGUUAGUGAAUAUGGAACUCGAAAUCGCUACAAGAGCUUUCGCUCGAAUAAGGGAUUACCGCUCACUUCAACUGAUAACGGAGCUAAUGGAAAUGAAGAAUGCUAAUGAACCUGAAGUACUAUUGAAGGCUCAUAUCAUGUCUUAUCAAAAGAGGUUCCGAGAAGUCGCAACUCUUUAUCGAGAGAAUGGUUUUGAGAACAAAGCUAUGGAACUGUUCACCGAUUUGAAGAUGUUCGAUGAUGCACAGGAUGUGAUGACUAAAGCUUCUGGGGAAACUCAGAAAAUGCUUAUGAGAAAGAAAGCCGAUUGGGCCAGAGAUUCUAAUCAACCUAAGGUUGCUGCUGAGAUGCUCAUUUCGAGUGGUGAUCUGGAUAAAGCAACUCAGCUGAUAAUAGAGAAUGACUGGAUGGAUUUAGCUAUCAACUUGAUGAGAAAGUUAGAUCGAGGUGACAUGGAAACACUCAGAAGCUUAGCUGGAUACUUCGUGAAGAAAGGAGAGUAUUCUAUGGCAUCGAAAAUCUAUACUUCCCUAAGCGAUACAAAAGCCAUAAUUCUCAUGCAUAUACAUGCUGGUCAUUGGACAGAUGCAUUCGCUAUUGCUGACCGCUAUCCUAAGUAUGUUGAAGACGUAUACUUACCUUACGCUCGAUACCUGGCUGAAAAUGAUCGGUUUGAGGAAGCUCAGAAAGCGUUUCACCGUGCUGGGCACGAGCAAGAGGCACUUCGCGUAUUAGAACAGUUGACCGGCAAUGCUGUUAAUGAAAGCCGUUUUGCUGACGCAGGGUAUUACCACUGGUUGCUAUCUAUGCAAUAUUUAGAACGUGCCCAAGAUAGCGAAGGUUUGAUACCAAAGUAUCGGGAAGCUGCUUUGUUAGCUGAGAUAUACUAUGCUUAUGAGAGUGUUUAUGCGUUUCAAAACCAACCGUUCACAAGCCAAUCAGCUGAAACAUUACUCAAUAUGGCUCGUUUCGUCUCUUUUCAGAAAGCUGUGCCAAAUAUAUCUCAAGCAUUGGCUUAUUUUACUAUUGCCACAUUGGGGCGAGAGUUACAAGCUUUUAAGUAUGCAAGAGAAGCUUUGGACCAGCUGACAAAACUGAGAAUACCCAACAGAUUUCAACAAACUGUGGAUCUUGCCAUGCUAACUAUCCGAGCGAAACCUUAUUCAGAUGCAGAAGAGCUAUUACCAAUAUGUUAUAGGUGUGGUCUCAAUAACUCAUUCAGUUGCGGGUUGCAAUGCAUGCAUUGCAAAACUCCAUUUGUUUUUUCAUUUUCUACGUUCGAAAUAUUGCCACUUCUUGAGUUCUUCGUUGAUGAUAACAUAACAAGUAUUGAGGCAAAGGAACUGAUUGAAGCCGAACCGCCUCUAAACCAAGAGGACUUCCAUCCUUUCCGAACCAAUAGUAAAAAGAUAGAGAGAAUAGUUCUCAAUCGGGAUCAACUGUUGCUUUUGGAAAAAAGUGUGGUCAUUGUUUUGGAAUAUCCGCAACCGUUACAAUACCGAUACUUUUAUAAUGUCAUGCCUACGAUAUCAAUUACCACCUGCACUAGCUGCUGGAAGAUUUUUCAUAUGGACGAUUACGAAAUGGCUGUGUUACAAAAAGGAACGUGUCCAUUUUGUAGGACUCAACAGGCAAGAACGGAUUCCCUCAUCUAUCUCGAUGAUGAUUAG